AGCCAUUCCAGGCAUUAGCACAAUUGUAAUCACCCUGGGUAGUCAUAUUUUUGAAAAGCAACCCAGGUUUCACGUCGUUUGUUAAUACUUUCGCAUACUUUUAGUAUAUACGAUUUUGAAAAGAGGAGGACGAAAAGUUGUACAGCAGAAUCUGGUCAUUGCAAUUUUCAGUGCCAUUUCAGGAGAGCAAGAUGGGUUCUUUGGAUGCCGUCGAGGCUCAGCUGAAGAAAAAGCUUGAGGAUACGGAGAAUAUUGAAGAGAGAAGAGAAAUCCGAAAGCAGCUGCGAGAACUGCGGAACAAAAAAUUCGAGGAGGAAAUUAAGAAGGUUACUGCAACCGACUACCGUCCUGGUAGAGACAAAACUGCGUUAUCGAAUGGUGUCGAUACAUCGAUAGGAAACAUUGGAAAGAAAGAAAGUGUGAAUAAAAAUGACGACGAUGAAGACGCUUAUGGGAUAUAUCAUAUUGAGACGGAAGAGGAACUACAAGCUUUGCUUAAUGAGACGCCAUUCACAGAAACAGACAAACGGAAAAAGAUUCGUGCUCGCAUCCGGGAAAUCAGAAAUCACAGGCUGGGUCUUGGAGAUCCUGUCGUAAUCAAGCGAGCACCAAGGGAGGAGAGAACCAAUUCAUUUGAAACAAAGAAAAACGAAGCCCCUGAUGUUUUGCCCACUGAACGUGAAAGAAAAGCCUCUCUUUCAAAGGAGACAGAAAAAACUACGGCUCAUUCACGCUCUUCUUUUAAAAGUAAGUACGCCAAUAGCGAAAGCUCAGAUGAUACUGGUAAGUCAGAGAUUAAUCGCGAAUCAAAUGAUGGAGAACGUUCCUAUCGAUCAAGCAGAGGAAGAAGAAACGAAGAGGAAUCAGAUAUUAAAAAAUCUUCGCGCAUUGUGAGUGAUGUCGAGGGCACCAAAAUAACCAAGAAAGAUGAAAACAGCGGAAGUAAUGAGGUUCUUGAUUAUAAAAAAGAAGAAAAUGACGUUCAGGUGGUACAACUUGAAAGUAAUGUAACAGAUGAUAAAAAUGAUGUUGAAAAGGAGGAAAGCGCUGAAGAAGAUAAUAAUUUGAUCGAGGAAGAUGAUGUAGAUGAGCCGGGAGAUGAUGUAGAUGAGCCAGUAGAUGAUGUAGAUGAGCCGGAAGAUGAUGUAGAUGAGCCGGAAGAUGAUGUAGAUGAGCCAGAAAAUGUUGUCGAAGAUGAAUUGGCAAACGAUGAAGACGAUAGUAAGAUAAAUGGAUAUACAGAUGAUGUGGAUGUAGAUGUUGACAAAAAUGUUCAGGAAAGCAUCGAGGAUUCUUAUAGUGAACGAGAAAGGAAAUACUCCAGCAAUGCUGAGAGUGCUGAUGAAAGGGAAGAUGUAUUAGACAAAUCUUCAGAUCAAGGUGUUGAUAAUAAUGAAAAGGAAGAGGAGCGUGAAAAUUACACAGAUGAAGAAGAUUAUGAAGAUCAGGCUGAUGAAGAUAUAGAUGACAAUCGAAAUAAUAACAUAGAUGAACAAAAUGUUAAAAGAGACAGGGGACAUUCAGGUGAAGAUGAAGAACAGUAUUCAGACGAGGAAGUGAGAAAGGAUGCGGAAGAUGAGAAAGAAGAUUACAGCGAUAAAGAAGAUAAUGCAUACCAAGAGGAAGACAUGGUAGCGGAAUCACCAGCAAAAGGUUCCUCAACUCGGCAAGAUUUUUCUGAUGAUUACUCUGAGGAAUACUCGGAUCAAACACAGACAGAUGAAGGGAGCAGUGUGAGUGGCAGGCGGUUUGAUGAAGAUCAGAAUCUGGAUGAUUAUGAGCUGGAUAAGUCGUCUGCUAGUCGCCAUCGAUCCGGGUCUUCAGGGUACGCUAGAAAGGUGGAAGAAGCAUUCAAGCAGAAGGAGCCGGCGCUGGCAGAGGGAAAGAGUUUCAAGGAACUACUUAAGAAGUCUGAUAAACAGCAGGAUAAGAAUCAAGGCAAUGGCAAAAAGGGGGCAGAACAAGUGGACUUCCGAACAGUUUUACGAUCGACAGACAAGCCAAAGAAACCUGGAGAUAAAUCUGUAUCUUCUGCCGAGCAGGUUGAUUUUAGAAAUUUGUUGCAGAGAAAAGUUCAAACGAAGACGUUAGCAGAUAAAGAUAAUAAUGUUGAGCAAGUUGAUUUCAGAACAGUACUAAAGGCAGGUGCACCAGAGAAGAAGGACACACAAGGAAGAAAGGUUAGUAAUGCUGAACAGCUUGACUUUAGAAACGUUCUUAAAAAACAGCCAAGUGUCAAGUCACGAAAGUUAAGUGUCGAAGAUAAAAAUGCGUUGAUCAAGACUAUCAGAUCAGGCAGACAGGUGUCCACUGACACAGCUGAGAGUGGGUCUGUUAAGCCAGGCAGACCAAGUUUGGAUUCCUUACGUGAAGGUGGAGCUGUGACAAAAGCGAAAGGAGAACUAGGUAAAAGUCACAAAGAAAGUGACGACGGAGAGUGUGAAAAUAAAGAAAGUCGCAAGACUAGCAGGCCUAGCUUAGAUGCUUUGAAGGAGAGUGGAGAACUUGGCAAAACCGAUUUGAAAAAAGAGAAAUUUGAGCAAAAAGCCAAAAAAGCUCCAGCCCCAGUACCCCCAAAACCAGCUGGCAAAAAGGUUGCAAAGAAAGAUGUGGAAGAUGUAAUCGAAGAGCCGACAAGAAUUGAAGAGGUUGAAAAAGAACCUGAAAUAGAAACGACGGAAGUUAUUAAAGACUCACAGAGAGAAGAUAAAAUUGCGACGUCUAUCAAUGCAACAGAAAAGAAAUUCGAUUCCCAAACCGAAGUAUCUGAGCGCCCCCGCAGCAGGCGACGAAGAGAGGAAGAUGGUGCGAAGGAGAAAUCACGAUCUGACAGAAUAUCUUCUCAGGAAGGGGAUGACAGGAAGGGCUCGUUGAAAUCAAAUGAUAAACGAGCGAGGCAUAGAAGGCUUCGUCAGGAUCAAAACGAGGUUGCUAAUGAUGUUAAUAAAAAGAGUGAUGACGUUGAAGAGAAAAAAGAAACUGAUGUUGUUGAAGCUAAAUCGAAGACAUCGAGUAUGGAAAGGGUCGCGGUUGUGCAAAACACGGCGUCUAGGCCAACUGUGCAAGUUAUAUUGAGCACCAAGAGCAGUGCCGAAAAGGGAAAGGAGGAAGACAGUGACGAAGAAAGCAUCGGCACUAGGCGAAACAGACGUAGGAUCCUCCGAAAGGGAUCCGUGGAUGAGAAAGAAACCUCACGUGCUGAAGUGAAAAGGACUUCAACCAGAGGCACAGAUGAAGGCGUCAAAGAGAGAAGAGGAUCUUCUACAGGUAGCAGCAUCGGAGAUGAAGUGGAUGGGAAACCUAAAUCAUCGCAGGCUUUGAAGAAAGAUACUGACCGGACAUCGAACCAUGCAGAAAAGUCGACUGAAAAUGCAGAAGAUCCAGCGAAAGCGAGAAAAGCUAAAAUGGCAAGCUUAGAUGCGAAACUGGCGGACAGACGCCGCCAAAGAGCAUUGGAAAGCAAAGAGAGACAGCAGAAGAUAAGGAACAGUCGGAAGGCUUUUAGGGAUCAGCUUGAUUCAAAUGCACCAACGACGAAUGGCAGCGCAUCUCCGUCUGUCCAAAGAGCCAACUCCAAUAUGACAAAGCUUCUGCACUGGUGCCAAAGAGUGACAGAUGGUUAUCCAAAUGUUGAAGUCAAAAACUUCACAACCAGUUGGAACGAUGGCCUAGCAUUUUGCGCGUUAUUGCAUAACUUUGUGCCGGAUAAAAUUCCCUUUGGUGAUUUGACACGAAAAGGAAAACGAGAAAACUUUGAAAUAGCCUUUGGUGUUGCAAGUGAAGAGGGUGUACCAGAACUGCUAGAGGUUGAAGACAUGUUGCAAAUGGAAUGUCCAGAUGCAAAGUCGGUAAUUACCUACCUACAUUCGAUAUAUCAGGUGUUUGUUUCAGACAGGCGGUGAGAGAGCCUCUCGUGAAUUCGAUAUGCAAUUAACAAUAAAUGUUGAUCCAUAAACACAAGAACUCGAUAGUAAUCGCUACUGAUAGCCUAUGCGUAUAAUACAUCUCAUUGUUAUAAGUAGUCAACAAUACUAAUACUGUAUGAUUUCUCCGGGAAAUCUUAUAGAUAGACGACAGCCUCUGAUUUUGAUCAGCUAAGCUUGUCCACAGCGAAGGAGCACACAUCCUUCCCUGUGAUAAGAACGCAGUUUAAUAGCUGAUUCACUGAUAUGCUAAUAAUGCUAUUUAUGUGCUGUUUCCUUCCGUUAUCGUUUGAUAAGUGUAUUGCUUGUGUAGAUGAUACAUUGGUGUUAGUUAUAUUCGUCUGUUUCUAGAUGAUUUUUAGCAAUUUGCUAUUUUAAUUAACUCAGUUCUCCCGCUGCAUAGUUUUUCACAUUGAUUGUGUGGUAACGAUCAGCAGAUUUAUCGAUUUCAUACAAACGCGAGUGUUGCCUUGGGCGAAUGUUUUAUGCAAGAAAUACCAGAUUUUCAAGUAACCAUAAGGGUCUGGUGUUGGUAAUAGUGCGAAUAAAUCAUCUGAUAGAGUUGGUUGUUCUUAUGGUCACUAAUAAUAAAUCCUUGUGGGGUCUUCCAGCCGCCUGGCUCCAAUGGGGAAAAUACCUUGAAACUUCAGGUUUUUAUUCGUUAAAAACACAGGAAACAUUGGAAUCGGGAGAAAUCUUCAAUUUUCAGAUUUUCAGUGAAUUUACCGAAGAACUUGACCCUUCGGCAAGAUUCUGUUAACUGCUAAAUAUUCUUGAGAUUUUUUAAUUUACGAUGUUUCCCCGAAUCAUUUAGUCGAGUUUUAUCUAAUUUCGGAGUGGGAUGGAAGUUAGAAACCUAAAGUUUAAAGACGCCUACCUUGAACAGCAAAGAAAAAAUGUACAGACCAAGAUCCUUUACUGCACUGACGGAAAUAAGAUGGACAAAGUUGACAAGUGUCUAAGAUACUUGGUUUGUAUGCAGUUUGUUUAUACUUUUGUAAUUCUACUUAGUAGCAAUAGUUCGUAUAUAAUUUCAUACCAUUCAUCAUAAAAGAUAUUAAAUGUUGUGACGUUGCCUCCUGUAUAUUUAAGCAAACAGUUUUAAAAGUUGUGUCGUAUUGUAUCCGUGACCCUUCAAUGGGAAAUGUUUGUGGUCCAAGUGCUUGAUUUUUCCUACCCCUUUGUGCUACAGGUUAUAGGUAACCCCCUACCGCCUCCUGUUAAUUAAAAAGCUUGACCAUAAUUGGAACACUCUCAAUUUGUUGUUAUUCAGAGUGUUAUCAAUUCGAUCACAACAAAGUUUGAGUCAGCCUAGCAACACCAAAGCAAGGCAUUCAAUGUCUGGUAUUCAUUUCAAUUGCGAGUAUUUUCUGUGUAAGUGCAGUGCAGUAAAAAGCUUUGGUUUCCUAUUAUAUGUUCACGUAUUUCCCGUGAUAUGUUAUGACAUGGCUAUGUCAUUUGUGUACAAAACUUCUGUAAUGUGCAAGAAACUUCCUCGACUGAUUCGAUCCUCGAUGCGGCCAUGGAACUUCCUUCGACACUUUUGAUUACCAUAUGACAUUUUUGUUGUUGUCCUUCUUGCCUGUUUUUGUAUUUCUAGAAAUUUCAUAAUUGCCGUCAAUUCAAUCAGUUUAAAUUUUCUUUAAUGUUUUCCUAAUCGAGCAUUUCUUAUGGAGUUUAAAUAAUAGUCGACUACCGUGAUUGUAGUUUAAUUUUGUACAAAUCAUAUUUUUUUGAAAUGUUUAAACUACCA